AUGCAUUUGCAACCUUUCCCACGUUGCGCCCGCCGGGUAACUCGACGCACCGUGAAAAAAAAAUUUACAAGGCGAAAAAAAAAUUACUUUACCUUUACAAUGAUUAUCUACAAGGACAUUUUCUCAGGUGACGAAUUGUUGUCGGACGCUUACGACCCUCAGUUGAUCGACGAUGUCGUGUACGAAGCUGACUGUGCCAUGGUGACCGUUUCCGGUGGUGACGUUGAUAUUGGUGCCAACCCAUCUGCUGAGGAUGGAGCUGAAGAAUUGGACGACGCUGCUGAAACCGUCAACAACGUUGUUUACUCUUUCAGAUUGCAACUGACUGCUUUUGACAAGAAGUCUUUCCUCACUUUCAUCAAGGGAUACAUGAAGAAAGUCAAGCAACACUUGCAAGAAAAGAACCCUGAUGAGGUUGAAAAGUUUGAGAAGGGAGCUGCCGCUUACGUCAAGAAAGUGAUUGGAUCUUUCAACGACUGGGACUUCUACACCGGUGAGAGCAUGGACCCCGAUGGAAUGAUUGUGAUGUUGAACUACCGUGAGGAUGGUACUACUCCAUACGUGGUUAUCUGGAAGCAUGGUGUGUCUGAAGACAAGAUCUAA